AAAAUUAAAAGCUUGAGAUUGUUAUUAGUUGUAUUGAUUUGAUUUAUGAAUAAGGAUUAAGACAUGGAUUUUUUAGACAGAGAAUCCUUAUAGUCCAUUCAAUUGAAGAAAAAAAUCAGAAACAUUAAAUAUCAUAUCGUAUGGUUUCCUGGUCAUUACUUUAUUUGUCUAUAUAUGAAAAGCUCUAAACGUAAUCUCAUACACUCAUAGAUUCAUAACUUACAAGAAUCAUUCAAAAGAGAGAAGAAGAUAAAAUAACAAGGCAAUCUGAAAAUGGGGUCAGAGUCUCAGAACACCAAAAUUUCAUCAUCAAAUCUCGAUCAUCAUCAUCACGUAGUUUUGUUCCCUUUCAUGGCAAAAGGCCACACUAUUCCACUCCUUCACCUAGCUCGUGUCCUCCUCAACCGCCAUGUGACAAUUACCAUCUUCACCACUCCCGCCAACAGAACCUUCAUCACCAAAUUUCUCGCAGGCACCUCAGCUGCCAUCGUUGAGCUUCCCUUCCCGAAAAACAUACCGGGAGUCCCUACCGGGGUAGAGAGUACCGAGGCUUUCCCAACCAUGUCCAUGUCCAUGUUCCACUCCUUCGUGUUGGGCACCCAACACAUGAAACCCGACUUAGAUCGAGCUCUGGAGAAUGUUCAAUCUCCAGUGAGCUUCAUGGUCUCUGAUGGGUUUCUCUGGUGGACCCUUGAUUCGGCCUCCAAGCUGGGAUUCCCACGGCUCGUUUUCUACGGUAUGUCACAUUAUGCAAUGGCUGUGUUCCAUUCUCUUUUUAACACUAAAAAGUCUGAGCAAGAUAAUGAUAAUAACAAUAAGCAGACAGAGACAGAGACAGAGACAGUGGUUCCUGAUUUUCCUUGGAUUAAACUCGCCCGAAGCGAAUAUGACCCAAGUGUUCACAUGGAUAAAGAUGAGUCUCUUGCUCAUGAAUUCAUGUCAAAAGCUACUGAGGCCACAAACAAUAGUUUUGGUAUGAUUUACAACAGCUUCUAUGAGCUGGAGCCAGUGUUCGCCGACUACUGGAACCAAAAGGCUCGGCCCAAAUCAUGGCCUGUUGGGCCUCUUAGCUUACAUGACAUGUCAUCAUCGAACUCCACGAAAACAGAGAACAGAGGCCUUGUUGUUCAUCCAUGGCUCGACAAGGAAUCGAGUUCGGUUCUUUACGUGGCAUUUGGGUCUCAAGCAACUGUUUCAUCGGAACAACUUAGAGAAAUCGCAAAAGGGUUGGAAGAUUCAAACGUAAAUUUCUUCUGGGCGCUACGAAAAUCAGAGCCAGAGGAGAACAAGUUCUUAGAAGAGUUCGAAAACAGAGUGAAAAACAGAGGAAUAGUGGUGAGAGGUUGGGUUGACCAAAUGGAGAUAUUGAACCACAAAAGCGUUAAAGGGUUUUUCAGUCACUGUGGUUGGAACUCAGUGGUGGAGAGUUUAAGUGCUGGAGUGCCAAUUCUAGGUUUUCCAAUGAUGGCGGAGCAGCCUAUAAAUGCGAAAAUGGUGGCGGAAGAGAUUAAGGUUGGGGUGAGAGUUAAGAGUUGUGAUGGAUCAUUGAAUGGGAUUGUGAAGAGUGAAGAAGUGAGUAAAAUGGUGAAGGAGUUAAUGGAAGGAGAGGUGGGGAAAGAGGUGAGGAAGAAGGCAGAAGAAUUUGCAGUUAUGGCACAUAAGGCGGUGGAAAAAGGUGGGUCAUCGUGGGAAACCUUAGAUUUGCUACUCUCAUCAACAAAACAAAACAAACAACAUCAUCAUUAAUGACUUGAGUUGACUAAUGUUCAUGUUUUCAUGAAGUUGCUUUUUUUUUUCUUACUGGUUUGUAUCUCUUGUGUUUUUUUUCUUUUGAAAAGGUCUCUUGUGUUUGUUUACUUUUCAACGUAUAACUCAUUGUAGGAUUCAAAUCUAUUUAAUAGCUAAAAUUUUGUAAUGGGACAAGUGAAAAGUGAGAGCAUGCAUAUGUUAAGAGAAUUGUUAAAAUUUACUAUUAGUCUCUAGAAGUUAUUAGUGUAAUUAUUAAAAAAAAUAUUAAUAAUUAAGAGCAUUAUUAAUAAAGUGCUAAGUUAGUGAUG